AUGGACCACAUCACGACGACGACUCCACGCUCGCCCCCCGUUGCUUACCCGCCGCCUCCUGCGUCGCCAGUGCCUGCCCGCUGGUCGCUCACGAACCGCAUCUUCAACAUCAACCUGCGCUCCUUCUACCAGGGCCCCCCGCGCCUGCCUGCCGCCCGCCUCUGGAACCCAGUUAAUUCUUCUCCGCGCGCCCUCCAAACACACAACCCGCCCCCAGCUCCAAUACCCCCGCCCGACGACCAUUACCCGAAUCUGCCUAUCCAAACAGACGCCCCGGCUGCCACAGACGACGUCCGCGACGAGUACCCGCUUCUGACGCUCCCCCAGCAGCGUCUUAGCCGUCAGAGUCCCGUGCCAAGCUCCCUCGCCGUCGAACGCUCCGGUGACAACAGCAUCUCCGCCAGCGCUCGCACCAGCAUCGGCCUGCCUCGUCCUCCACCUCGAAGCCUGCAGUCGCCCAGCUCUGCAAUGCCACCAGAGCCUGUCGCCGCCCAGCAUGCCGACAAGGACGUAGAGGCUGGACGUCCUCAUCAACCGGGCCUGUCGCGCGCCUCGCUGCCCGGUUCCCGACGCUCCUCAAUUGGUUCCAGGCCAUCAGCUUCUGCCGCCGACGAAGAUGAAGACGGCGAUGCAGUCUCCGAGUUUCCCUGGGGGCCCUCGCACCCCUGCUUCCCUCAUCCUAACCCCCAUGUCCCACUCGAUUCGGAGCUGUACAACACGACGCGCAUCAUCCGCAUUAAGCGUGACUGGAUGCUUAAAGGCGACCUCGCCCCGACCUUUGCCAACUUGUAUCCCGAGAUUCUGGAUCCCCUCAUCACCGAGGACGAUUUUCGCAUACUGAUCAAGAAGAUCAACGAUGAUCUUACCGAGGCCUUUGACCCAUUUACCCUCCGCGCUUGUCUUGAUACUGUCAUGGGUGUUGCUACCUUGUGGCUAUGGGAGGAUGCUGGCUUCACAGGUGUCAAGAAAAAACUGGCUCAACUCGAGAGGUGGAUAGAAGACUGGAAUCACAAUGUUGGUGCAAAAGAAGCCGUCAAAAUCAUCCCACUAAGGCGGACCGGCUACCUUACACUUGACAUACAGAUCCCAGAUCCUCAUCUUGGCCCUGAUUCUGGCUCGCGGCCCCAGACUCAAGAUGACGGCCACCAUAUCGACUCACCACAACAAACCGACCCAUACCCACCAUACCCUAUCACACCUACACUGCAGGUGAACUCACAACCAGCGACGAUUGGAGCCAAUACCUAA